UUUGUCGUCCCUUAACCACAACGAUGACGGCGAUAAAUGAAUCCAGACAGGUCUGUCCGGCAUAUCCUGUGGAUUACAUUAAGCAGUACUACCUCCCCACAAUGUAUGGAAUCAUAUUCAUUGUGGGGCUCAUUGGCAACAUCACUGCAAUUGUUAUCUACGUGGUGAAGAUCCGUCCCCUGACCAGCAGCUGCAUCAUCAUGCUGAACCUGGCCAUGGCUGACCUCCUCUACAUACUGAGCCUGCCCUUCCUGGUCCAUUUCUACAUCACAGAAGAUUGGGUGCUCGGUGAGUUCAUGUGUCGCUUGGUGCGCUUCUGUUUCCAUUUCAACCUGUACGGCAGCAUCCUCCUGCUCACAUGCCUCAGUGCCUUCCGCUAUGUGGCGGUGGUUCAUCCGCUGCGUGCGGCCCAGGUGAAGACGCAGAGCUGGGGCAUUGUCUCCUGCCUGGUCAUGUGGCUGCUCUGCCUCAUUGGAAUCGUUCCCAUGUUCAGCCUGAUCGGCACAGAAUUACAGAAUUACACAGACUCAAAGACAGUCUGCAUCGACUUUGCCAGCAACAAAAUUUGUCAGGUGUGGCUGUACAACUGGAUUCUCAGCGCCUUUGGCUUCCUGGUUCCGUUGUUUGUGGUGUGUCUCAGCUACACCUGCGUGGCCAGAGCCCUGUCUAAGGGGCCGCUCCCACACAGGCGGGCUCAGGUGCACGCCCGUCGUCUGACUGUGCUGAUCCUCCUGGUGUUUGUGGUUUGUUUCACUCCUUACCACUUUCUCCGGUUUGCACGCAUUCACACCAGGAGUACCAAUAGUAGUACACCGCCGUCCUGCCCACUGGCCCUGGAGGCAGGGGUCCAUGCAGCUUACACCAUCUCACGACCCCUGGCAGGCCUCAACACCUUCUUCAACCUGGCUCUGUACACCAUGGCAGGGGAAAGGUUUCAACAGGCCUUCUGGAGCCUCUUCCACUGGAAGACCAGCCUUCCCCGCAACAUCUCUCUCAGCUUGGAGGCGGCAACUAUCUUCAGACCCAGAGGCCAAUCAUUCAAUGAUCUCCUUCAAAGCUGAAGCUUUUGCUUUUGGGUUGUUGCACGUAUUUAGGGCUUGCUUUUGUGUGUCAUUUUAGAUCAUCUGCAGUACCAAUAAAAUGCACAGGAUGGUGCUCUAUUUCAUUUCUGGCAGUAGGGGGAAGGAAAGGUUGAACCUCAAAUUCCGAUUGGACAAAGAGCACUCCUGCUGCGUCAAUAUUUGCUGAUGUUGCAUGGGUAUAUGAUAUUAAAAUGAUAAAUGAUAUUACACUAUCUGACAUCAUCCUGCUUGUGCUUGGUAGUUCUUCAGUUGCAAAGAUAAAUACAUGG